AAUAGUGUAGACACGUUUAACUGUUUUAGUACGUAGGUUUAGGUUCAAGUUUGCAUAAUGAAGUUCGAUGACAUUCUUAUAGAAAUUGGAGAAUUAGGAUACUACCAGAAAAAGCAACUUGUUGUUUUAUACAUUCCGGCAAUUUCUGUUGCCUCGUUUAUGAUGAUGAAUAUUGUUCUCUUGUACACACCAGAGCAUAGAUGUCAAUUACCAAAGGAAAUGUUCCCCGCCGACACCUGGAAAAUACAAAAUGAAGUUCACGAACAACUAGUAAGCGCAUACAUACCACCAGCAAGCGAAUAUAAGUAUGACAGAUGUAACCUCUACCAGGACGAGGCUCCUAAUGAUAUAGUUGUUAAUACCACGGACCUUUCUAAUGCCAGCCUGCACUCCUGUACACAGUGGGUAUACAGCCGAGAUGUUUUCAAAGAGACGUUUACGUCAGAGCAAAAUUUUGUCUGUGGAGAUUCUUUGAAGACAUCUCACAUACAGCUUGUUUUUUAUUUCGGAGUUCUUUGCGGCGACCUAGGAUUUGGACUACUUGCAGAUAUAAUUGGUCGGAAGAAGAGCUUUUUGAUUUCCGCAGUGUUCCAACUAGCUUCUGCCUUGGGCGUUGUUUGGGCCCCUAAUUUCUUGGUGUACACAAUUCUGCAAUUUUGUGUGGGAGCCGGUUGCCAUGGCGUGUUCAUAUGCAGCUGUGUAUUAGGUUUGGAACUCGUUGGUCCUAAUAAAAGGGUGUGGGCCGGUAUUCUCAUACAUGGCUUCUUUACGACGGGACUGAUUUACUUGUCGGGAGCGGCGUGGAUAUUCAAACACUGGCAAUUCAUCCAAUUAGCCGCAGCAAUACCAUGUGCUUUCUAUCUUUCUUACUGGUGGUUGCUUGACGAGUCACCACGAUGGCUUAUCAGCGUUGGGCGUACUGCGGAAGCCGAGAAAAUCAUUCAGAAAAUGGCAAAACAAAAUAAUACACAGGUUCCAGAAAAACUCUUCGAUGGCAAUACGACUGCUACAACCCAAGCGGGAGGAAAACUGUGGGAGCUAUUUACCAAUAAAGUGCUUUUUCUUCGAACCAUGAUCCUAUUCUUUAACUGGGUUGUUGUCAGUAUGUGCUACUACGGGGUGACUAUGUAUGCAGGAACAAUCGGGGGAAAUUUCUACUUGAAUUUCUUCCUACUAGCUGUUGCUGAGAUUCCAAAGUUUGUCAAUAUACCGAUGCUUGAGAGAUUGGGUAGACGAUGGACACAUAUUUGCUUCAUGUGGCUGGGUGGAUUUGCGCUUAUAGGGAUGGUAUUCACGGUUGUGUACGGUGGACAAGAAUUGCACUGGGCUACGUUAACACUAUCUUUGAUCGGAAAGCUUGGUCCAGCCGGUGCUUUUUCAACUGUCUACGUCUUUUCCCUUGAACUAUACCCGACUGUCCUUCGGAACGCUGGAAUGGGGGCAAGUAGUUGCGUGGCAAGAUUUGGUGGAAUGGCUGCUCCUUAUGUAGCCAAAAUGGGUGAACUUAUUGGAGGUGAUUUCGGCAAAGCUCUUCCAUUGGUUAUAUUUGGAGCAUCCUCAAUCCUGGCGGGGUUCCUUUGUAUCUUUUUGCCUGAAACGUUGCACCAGCAGCUUCCCGAUACAGCAGAAGAGGCGGCUAAGUUUAAGGGGCGCAUGGCCGAUAAAAGAAAAACUGAUAAAAUCGUGUUUGUGGGCAACAAGGAAAAUAAUACGAUGGAUGCUGGAACAGAAAAAUGUGACCUCGGAGAUGAAUCUUGUGGAUACAAAAAUGGAAUCGUAAAUUAUGGAUAUGAAAACACGAAACUUUAAAACAGUCGGUUCCCCAGAAGUUUUUAAUGUUGACAUGACCAUUUUCUUAAAUAAA